GGCGUGCACUGAAACUUCUGCCCCGCUCGAGAGCGCAGUACAAGCGACGAUUGUUAUCAAAAAAUUGAGAUAAGUUUAAGGAAGAUUCAUUUAGCUACGCUGCGGUUUACAUUUCGAGGUUAUGGACAGAGCGCCAUUUUAAAGCUGUGCCGAGUUGUACGACUUGUCCCUCGAAAUAAUGAUGAAGAAGAAUAUUAACUUGAACCUGGCGGACGCCACCGAUCUGAAGCCGCAUCUCCGCGACGCCGAGAGCAUCCUCGCCUCCCCGGACUUGGGUCUGCUCAAGCUGGCCUCCCCGGAGCUGGAGAGACUCAUCAUCCAGUCUAACGGAAUGGUCACGACAACACCGACCAGCUCUCAGUUCAUCUACCCGAAGACGGUGACCGACGAGCAGGAGUUCGCUGAGGGCUUCGUCAAGGCGCUGGAGGACUUGCACAAGCAGAACCAGCUGAACGGGGUCAGCCAGACGAACGGCAGCCUGGAUCUAGGCACCAACAUCGCCCCGGUCACCGUACAGCCGGAUCUACCGGUCUACACAAACCUUAACAGUUACGGCAGCGGGCCACUGGGAACCACUGUCAACUACUCCACGGACACGGUCCCUUUCCCUCCUCCUCCGUCGCAUCAUCUCGGGGGAGCCCCGCCGCAGCCGGAGCUCUCCCGGGUUCAGCCGCCGAAGGACGAGCCCCAGACGGUCCCAGACGUGCAGAGCUUCGGGGACAGCCCGCCGCUGUCUCCCAUCAACAUGGACACACAGGAGCGCAUCAAAGCCGAGAGGAAGAGGCUCAGGAACCGAAUUGCGGCAUCCAAGUGCAGGAAGCGGAAACUGGAACGAAUCUCCAGACUGGAGGACAAAGUCAAAACGUUGAAAACCCAGAACACCGACCUGGCCUCGACGGCUAGCCUGCUGAGGGAGCAAGUGGCUCAGCUGAAACAGAAAGUCCUGAGCCAUGUCAACAGCGGAUGCCAGCUGUUGCCACACCAAGUUCAAGUACACUAGCCGAAGGACUGCAAAAACUGACCAGCAUAUAAGCUUCAAGGACUUUGUUGAUGUUGGUUUUCUGUAUGUAGCGUAGCACCGAUACUUGUUCUCUCUUGCAUCGAGAGAGGCACAGGCAAAACUCCAUUCAAAACAUUUGACAGUAUGCGGUGGCUUCGCUUGUUGGCAGUUGAACUUCUCGGUUAGAAUAUAACCGGGGCCAUUUACGAAUCGUUAAGCUCCUCUGCUCCACUCGGCAUAUUGAUAAUUCAACCAAGCAGAACUUUAUUUUGAUAAAAUCAGUUUUGAUAAUUGGUUGGUUCGCUGUUUGCCGCUGCCUUCCGGUCUGCCCCAGUGGUUGAAACUAAGAGUAGAAGACCGCUCGGAAUGAGGUGACCAGUUAUAAAAGUUGUAAUUUCAUUUAAAUGUAUGCAUAAAUAUUUAUUGGAUAUGUGCCGAAUGAAAGAUGUGCUCUCAAAUAUGUAAAGCGUCUUAAAUCUUUUUGUACUCGGUGUUUACAUUCGCCGGAUAGCGAGGGACUGCAGCUGACAGAUUUUAUAAUGCAGUUUGGCUUACAGUUCUUCGUACACGGGAGCGAGAGUGGCAUGUAUCGGGGCUAUAUGCAGUUCAACUUUAAUGACAGACGGCACAUAUCCUUACAUUUUUUGUUGGAAAAUGUUUACAGAUUGGCUGUCCCCAUAUACAGUCUCAAACCUGGACCAAAUGUAUUGAUGUGUCAUUUACAUAAAAUCAGCAUUUGUGUCAUAAAUAUUCGUAAUAUAUAUGUUGAAGCCAUGGGAAAUGCAUAUACCCAUAUUUGACAUGAGCGACGUCCUGCAUUUGCCAUAUAUCACAUUUCUGUAGAGAACAGAAGAUUUGCAUGUUGACAAACUCGAAUGUUGCCCACUGGGUGUCAUAUAGGGCGCAAGUCGGUGUUUAUUAUCAUAGCCUUUACAUGCACCUGUAUUCAUCCAUUUUGUACUCUAAGAUGUCUUAUUUCAGUGUUUUAUUAUUAUUAUUAUUGUUAUUUAAAUGUGAAGCGUUGUCAUCUUUCUGUUGCACUGUUUCUAUCACUUCUACGUUUUUACAUGCCGCUGUGUUCUGAAUCAAACGCUGUUCGGCAAUGGAAAAAUAAAUAAAUAAACAAAUAAUUAAAAAAAAAAAAAAAAAAAAAAA